UUAAAUUGUUAGUUCAAUUUGAAAGGACGACUGCAGCUAUUGAUGGUCAAUGAGAUCGAAGUUGGACGGAGAUGAACUCCUGCUAUUAAAGGCUAUUAAACCAGAAUUAGAGAAUAUGAUCCAGUGACUGAAAGACUAUCUGCAAAAUGGCAUACAGUCACAGGCCAAUCUAUGGCCGAUCUUCUUCUGAUGCAGCGCUGAACUUCUCCAUCACCGAAUCUCAGAAUGGACCCGGCUUCAACAGCAGGAGUAACGGGAGCGUACCGGCUGCUAUGCGGGCAGCCUACGCUGAGGCAAGUAGAGAGCCCGGGUCGACGAGGAUCAGCAGGAGCGGAGAGGAGUUUCUUUAUCAGAAUGGGUCAUCGAGAUUUGAGCAUCAGCAUCAAUAUCGUGAGGAUUAUACAUUACCAAGGAAUACCACAAGACGUCAAGCUAGAGGCCAGGUCAGUAGGGAAUCAAACCUUGAUGAAGAACUUUGGAAACGUAAAACUGCCAGUUUGCCACGAUCAAAAGGAAAGCAGCAGAGGGGUACAUUUCAUUCACCGAGUGAUAAGGGAGAUGGAUAUUCAUCAAGACCAGCGUACAAUCGUCAAAACAGUGCAGGAGAUAGCCUUCAUUAUAGUCAUAAAUCUAGGGAAGAUAUCUACUUGUGUCAGAAUCAAAGAACUGACGCUCAUCAUUCUGUUGUUAGAGCAUCAAGUUUUCAGUUCGGAUCUGAUAUUGAUUAUGCUUAUCGUGCAAACAUGAAUGUCCAACGUUCACAAACUAUUGCAUCAAAUUCAAAGUCAAGGACAUUGCAGACAGAAAGUAGAGGCACGUCAGUGCACCGUAGCAAUAGUCCUGUGGAUGAUGAGAGGUUUCGAGGCUACAGUGUGGGUUCGAGGGGAUCGAGUCCUCGUCCAAACAUCCGACGCGCAAACUCCCAUGGCAGCACGCAUAAGGUGGGCGUAGGUAAUGAUGCUGGGGAUCAGAGCCAGAAUACUUCUUUCUCCUCAUCAGUUGGAAGUCCUGGUAAAAAGAAACUGUCCCGAAAGCCUUCUUUUAAAGCAUUUGGUUCGCUUAUCCAAAAGAUGGUGCGGCAGAUCGGGAGUAUGGAAGAAGGAAAAGGGCCCAACAUUCAAGAUGGAUCGUCGGGAAGCAGCAUCGUGAAUGGGAACACUGAUGGCCAUCAUCCUACUUCCCCACCUUGCAGCCCAGUCCUUCUCCAUGGACGCGUCCCGGGGCUGUCUGGUCUCCGUAACCAUGGCAACACUUGUUUCAUGAAUGCCAUUGUCCAAUGUCUGAGCAAUACGGACGUUCUGGCAGAAUACUUUGUGUUGGAGCAAUAUAGAGGGGAUCUCUCACAUUCCAAGAAACUAAGCAAAAAGUUUGGAACCAAAGGAGAAGUGACAGAGCAGUUGGCCGUUCUCCUGAAAGCUAUCUGGAGUUGCAAAUAUUCACCUCAUCAUACUACGGAAUUCAAGCGAAUAGUGGCGCGACAUGGCAGUCAGUACAGAGGAAAUGACCAGCAUGAUGCACAAGAAUUUCUUAUUUGGCUUCUUGACAAAGUCCAUGAAGACCUCAACAGUGCAAAGAAGAAAUACAAACAACUAAAGGUAUGGAAUACGGCAUGAGAAUGCUUUUUUGAUAUUUUCAUCCUUGUUCAUAUCUUUGAUUAAAAAUUUGUUUUCAUCUUGGGAGUAGGCCUAAUUCUUUAUCAUCAAUAUUCCUAUAUUGCUAUAAUUUUCAUUAUUUGUAUUGAUUACCGGUAUUGGUGUAUCAUGAUUGGCUUGUAUACAUGUAAUUAAAACAGAGUUAUCCUUAAUGUUUUUGAGCAGCAUUGCCAUCAUCAGAUAUCAUUCAUCAUCAUCAUCAUUAUCUUCAUCAUCAUUAUCUUCAUCAUCUUUAUCUUCAUCUUCAUCAUCAUUAUCUCCUCCACCACCACAACCACAACCUCCAACACCACAAUGCUUGUUUAUGGAUUGGAUACUUAUGAAUGUUUCACCAUCAAUUAUGUUACCAACAUCAUUUUUGUUAAAUUUUGUUUUCAUGAUUUUUGUUAAGAUUAUUUUGUACUUUUCAUCAUAUUCAUGGUGCUCAUUACCAUGAAUGAUGAUGAUGAUCAUCAUCAUCAUCAUCAUCAUCUUCAUCAUUACCACAAUCACAAUCAUCAUCAUCACCACCACCACCACAACGCACCACCACCAUCAUCACCAUCAUCUUCAUCAUCAUCAUUCAUGACAAUCAUCAUCAUCACCACUAUCUUCAUUAUCAUGACCACAAUCAUCAUCAUCAUCAUUACCAUAUCAUCCUCAUCAUUAUUACCAUCAUCAUUAUCAUCUUCCUCCUCCUAUACAUCAUCAUUAGGCCUACAACCAUCAUUGUCGUCAUCAUCGUCACCUUCUUCACCAUCAUAAUUAGGCCUACUCAUCAGUCAUCAGUAUUACUGAGUCAAAGUGAUACAAUUUUAGCUUCUCAACCCACACCCAAGUAACAAAAAGCUUUAAUGUUCAAGGCCACAUAUUCCCAUGGAGCCUAUUAUAGAGAUGGAAUGCAUUCAGAUGUGGACAUUUAUUAAAGACCACCUGGUGCUUUAAUUUCUCUAUGAUAGAUCUUCAUACUUCUUCUGUAUUCAUGCUUAAUACCAUUGUACCACCUACUGGCAGACUGACAUGAGAAAAAAAGGUCUCUGGGGAAAAGUCUUUAUGUACAUUUUUGAUAGUCAUCAUCAGUACAUAGUUGUGCUAUGUUACUGAAAGAAUCGAAAGAAAUUAGCCAUCAAUAUUUUAUACAUUGUAUAUAAUUUGGAGGUCAUGUCACUUUUUCUGACCCAAAUAUGCACAUACAUGUAAAUGCUCAAAUAGCGAUGGCUUGAAAUGUUCUUGUCUUUAGAAUUGAUGGGGGUGGGGGUGGGGUGUGGGGGCAGGUCACAGAGUGUGACAUGAUGCUGUUUGAAAUUCUUGCAAUCAAAUCGUAAGUGCUGUGCUGCAAAACUCUGAGACAUGAAGAGAUGAACAGAUAAUGAAACGGGGAAGAAACAUGCAACAUACAAUUAUAAAGAUAUUGUCCUUUGAUAACAAACUGAAACCCUUCUUGCAAUGUUUUACAUCAUAUCACACUUUCAAGAGAAAAUACGUAACCAGCCAUCCCCCCAAACAAACAGUAAGUUGCCAAAAAUUAAUUUGGAGAUUUGUAAUGAGAUUGAAAAUGCACAUUCUAAGCUUUGAUAUUUAAAUUCUUAAAAUUUAUCAACAAUACCCACACACAAGUACUCAAUUGAAUUCGGAAGAAUUCUGGACAAGCUUAAAAAAAUGCAGUGAAAAAAAAGGAUUUAAAGUUGGGGUUCACUCAAGCAUGAGAUGUGCACACUGUGUAAUCUCCAUGAAAUUUCCAAGCAGUCCACAAACUAUAGUGUUAAAAUGGUACUCCAAGCUGAAAAUAAUCACACCCUCUUUUGUUCUUUUGUAUUUUAUUAUAUGGAAUUAGGUUUAUACAAACAUUUCCUUAAAGAAUAAAAAAUAUUGGAAUAACAACUGAUUAUUAAAGUGCAUUUGAUAUUCAUUGCUGCAAUCAUUACAAGGGAGACAAUCAUUCA